CAAGUGCAUUGUGGGAAACGGGUGUCCUAACGCUUUCCUAUGUUCUUUUCUCUUUUUUUCCCCCUUCCUUCAUUUUAUUGCGAGAACAACGCUAUAGAGACCAGAGAACAAAUUCAAAAUUUUUAAGCUAUUGCUAUUUACUACGUUUCAGAGGUGACCUGUCGUAGCCAUGGCCCGUACCAAGCAGACUGCCCGUAAAUCCACCGGAGGCAAAGCCCCGCGGAAGCAGCUGGCCACCAAGGCUGCCCGCAAGAGCGCCCCUUCCACCGGUGGCGUCAAGAAGCCCCACCGUUACAGGCCCGGCACUGUAGCGCUACGUGAGAUCCGUCGUUACCAAAAGUCCACUGAGCUGCUGAUCCGCAAGCUUCCCUUCCAGCGCCUGGUGAGAGAAAUUGCUCAGGACUUCAAGACUGAUCUGCGUUUCCAGAGUGCAGCCAUUGGAGCCCUGCAGGAGGCUAGCGAGGCCUACCUGGUGGGUCUCUUUGAAGACACCAACUUGUGUGCCAUCCAUGCCAAGCGUGUCACCAUUAUGCCCAAAGACAUCCAACUUGCUCGCCGUAUUCGUGGGGAACGUGCUUAAAAUGCUUUUUUUCCAUUUUGUUAUAUGUAAUCUUCUCCAACCCACACCACUCUCUUUGUCCCUUCCCGUCCUCUAUACGUUGUUAGUAUUUUGGUUUGAGGUUCUAUAUAUAAUGAUUGUGGUAACUGUAAAAUGUGUAGUCAUGUCUUCUUCGGUGCUACUAGUAACAAGAGUUUGCUUAGAAUAUCUUUAUGUAUGUUCUAAACUUUGAAUCAUAUACUAUUACACUCCUCAUAUCUAACAAGCUAGCUCACAGGGAAUGCCUGGUUAUCUAGUAAUGGAUAAGGUGUAUUGCAAAUCAAAGAAUAGUGUGUUCUCAAAUAAAUGGUAGGAAUUAGUGUUUAGUUUUCAUCUUAAGACAAACAUAAAUGGGUCUUGAGUUUUUUAAAUCAAAUUUGAUGUAAUGGUGUUUUUUAUGACAAUGGCAUAUUUCUACUGUUGCUGUUUAAGUGUAUACAAUUACAAAAGUUUAAUUCUGUUCAUCAUUUAGAAAUGUCACUGUUAGUGACAAUGCAUGAUUCCACAAAUUACAAGCGGCAUAUAUGUAGCAGAACUAUGUUGUUUUAAUUUUCAGCCAUUUUGUCAAGGAAGUGUUAUGACUUUUUGUUUCUCUCUCAGGUUGAAAUGAAAACCUUUGAUUUUUUUUCUACUGUGUUUUUUUGAUUUGUGUUUUCAGUCAUUUUUAAAAGCAAAUAUUUGUACUCAAAAAUUCACAUGCAAACAUAAUAAACAAAUAAUUGUGGUUAAA